CUGGGGAUGGCGGCGGGUAUGACAGCCAGGCGUGGCGAUUUGUUUGUGUUCGAAUUUACAAGCAGCUGGAUGACACUUGAUUUCCCCUCUCCCUUUUCUUGAGAGGCGAUGUACUGCUGCCCAGCUGUGCAGGAAGUUGGACCCACGAUGGUUGGAGAUGAACAUUCUGAUCGACAUCUGAUGGACUACCUGGGUGCCAUUAAGAGGAACAUGCUGGGGAACCAUUUCUGGGAGUACUACGUGAACGACGCACCCCGUAUUGUGUUGGACAAGCUGGAGAAAUAUGGCUACCGCGUGGUCAGCAUGACAGGGGUAGGCCAGACUCUGGUUUGGUGUCUCCACAAGGAGUAAAAUGGAAGACUGCAGAGUUCCACCUGGACAAACCGUUGCUGAGGAUCAUCUAGCACAGGACUGGCACUGAGCUUCCUCACUGCUUAAUUCCUUUUUGUCCCAGUUUCCAGGUACCCUCAAGAGAAAUGCUGCAUAGUCAAAACUUCACAUAAUGGAAAACAGCCUAAAGGGAGGCAGACAUGCCCACUUAAUUGUAAGGCUAACUCAUGUAUGAAUCCUUUGGAGAGUCAAAGCCUUCUCCUAAGUAUUUGUCUGAAUGGCAGUCUGGAAAAUACCAGCAUUUUAAGUGUUAACCGUGUCCAUUCAGUAAGUAUUUGAGUCAGGUCAAGCACUAGCCUUGUCUUGCCCCUGCUUGGGACUGCCCUGGAGAAGUUCCUCUCACAGAUAAGGCCCCUAUUUAAAUGCAGCUCCGGAAUAGGUGUCUCAGACUAUUUGUUGCACUCUCCUUGGAACAGUAAGAACAGGCUGCCAGACCCAGUCCCUGCUAUUUGAACAAGCUCACUUUAGCCUUGAGAACAGUUUGAAUGUGGACUCUCAGGUGGGAUUAUGGCUAGCAGAGGCAGACAUUGUCCCAGUCAGCCCUGCGACUGCCAUUCCAGUAUAACACCUGCUCUGAGCUAUCUUUAAAGAAGUAGAUUGCAGGAGAAAACACCUGUGAAUUUCAGGUAUUGGCUGUGUAAUUUCACCAACUGCAAUGUAAUUCUUGGAUUGAUUUGUACUGAUCAAUUCCUAUGGUACCUGCUAAAGUAAUAAAGCAUUCAUAAAAGA